GUCUGUUUCCCUGUUUGAUUUUCUUGGGAGAGAAUCAACACGCAUCAGUCUCGUGGGCACCACAAUACUCUCUAAACAGCAUAUAAAUAGAUAGAUAGAUUUCGCAAGAACACAGCUAGAAUGGAGGCACUGAUCAAUGAGUUUGAGGACAUGUGUAGAAAUGCAGCAGCUGUUCAGGAGGAGGUCUUGGGGAACAUUGUUGAGCACAAUGCUUCUUGCGAGUUCCUCCAGAGCUACAAUGUGACCGAUGUAGAUUCAUUCAAAGCUCAUGUCCCCGUUGUGGGCUAUGAAGACAUUGCUGCGAAGAUCCAGCGCAUGGCAGAUGGAGAUCCAGCCUCCAUCCUGUGCAAAGACCCCGUCAUUGCGUUCAUCUCGAGUUCGGGAACAACCACUGAGAAGCGCAAUGCUUUUCCACUUACCACAAAGUCCUGUGACGUGAAAAACCAUGCAAUGUACAAGAUUGCAGCUGCUUAUAUAGAGAGGGAUUUUCCAGUUGGUUCUUUUCCAACAGCCUUGGCUUUCAUGUAUGCUCUCCCUUGCGGGACACUCUCCAAAUCAGGGAUCCCGAUCAUGCCCGUUUCUAACUUCGCUUUCACAAGCCAGGCUUACAAAGAGAGGCCGAGCAGGAGCACGAGUCCAGACGAGGUUAUCUGGGGUCCUUGGUGGGAGUCAACGUACUGUCACAUGCUCUGUGGACUCAUUCAACGCAUGGAAGUGGAUUAUAUUAUCUCCUUCUUUGCUUACACCCUUGUCUACGCAUUCAACAUGCUUGAGGUUGAAUGGAGGAACCUCUGUCAUGACAUAAGAACUGGAAAACUGGACGAGAGAGUCAAAGACGUCAAACUGAGAGCAGCUGUUGCAGGGGUGCUGCAUGAAGAUCCAGAUUCAGCUGGCUUCAUAGAAGAGGUCUGCAGCAGCAAGGAGUCAUGGGAUCAAGGGAUAGUUCCACAACUUUGGCCCAAAGCUAAGUACUUACACACUGUGGUAACAGGUGGUAUGAAGCCUUACGUUCCUGCUCUAAGGAAAUAUGCAGGGGGUGUGCACAUUAUCGGAAAGGCAUACAUAGGAUCCGAAGGAGUCUAUGGAAUAAACAUGGAUCCCACUACUGAAGCCGAGAAUGUUGUCUUCACACUUGUCCCUACGACAUUAUACAUGGAGUUUCUUCGGCUCAGGGACAACAAGCUGGUGGACUCGAGUAACUUAGAAAUCGGUGAGCAGUACGAGCUAGUUAUUACCACAUAUUCAGGUUUGUAUCGGUACAAAGUGGGGGAUGUGGUCAGAGUCGUUUCUUUCUUUCACCAGAGCCCACAAAUGGCCUUUGAAUAUCGUACCAGUGCGCUGCUAAGCGUAAACCUGGACGUAACCAGUGAACAAGAGCUCCAGAACGUGGUGAGAAGAACAUGCAACGAAGCAAACCUGAAAAUCGUGGAUUUCACAAGUCAAUCAAACCAGACGGAGCAGCCUGGCUACUAUGUCAUCUACUGGGAGCUGAAAAACAAGCCAGAUUACUCCAAUCAUGCACUUCUAAACAGGUGUUGUGAUGUUCUGGAUCGCUCCUUCACUUCUUCCACAUACAUCAUGGGGAGAAGAAGUGGCACAAUCGGACCCCUCAAGCUUGUGAUCCUGGAAAGAGGCAGCUUUGGCAGGAUUAUGGAGCAUGCUGUGAGCAAUGGCUCCGCACCUGGACAGUACAAAACUCCAAGGUGCAUCAAGAGCCCAAAAGUGCUGAAGAUUUUGGAAGAGGGGAUUGUGAGCACUUAUAGGAGCUCCAAAUAUCCAAGAUGAUGAAAUAUGUUCUUACUAUAACUUAAUACAAUAUAUCAAUUGAA